GAAAUGGAGAAAUUAGGGUUCGAAAAUGCGAGAUUCUACUACCACGAUGGCGGACAGACUCGGUCCGGCGGUGCUACGUCGGCGAUCUCUGGAAAUACGGCGUACAGUAGGACGGUGGAAGAUCAACCGUUUGUGGAGAUCUCGCUUGAUUUUCACGACGACUUCGUCUCCGUUCACAGCGUGACAUCAUCGGAUCAAUUUGGAAAAUACGGGUACGAGAAUCCGGAGAGGUCGCUUCUGAAUCCAAACAGGUUGGAGAAACGGAGCUCGGUGAUGAAACGCAUAGCGUCGGUUUCUCAGGAGUUGAAGAGGUUUGCUUCUGUUUCGACGGCGAGGAAGCCACCGCGGCCGCCUGCUCGGAUCGGCCGUUCGAUGUCAGCGGCAGAGCAAGCUCUCAAGGGUCUCAAGUUUAUCAGUAAGACCGAUGGCGUCACUGGUUGGCCCGACGUGGAGAAACGGUUCGAUCAGAUUACGACGACUAGUAAUGGACUUCUUCACCGUUCCAAGUUCGGUGAAUGUAUAGGGAUGAAUUCGAGGGAGUUUGCAUUGGCGUUGUUUGAUGCAUUGGUGAGGAGGCGAAAUAUAACGGGGGACUUGAUAAACAAGAAGCUGUUGAAAGAGUUUUGGGAGCAGAUUUCUGAUCAAAGUUUCGAUUCGAGGCUAAGAACUUUCUUUGACAUGGUCGAUAGGGACACAGAUGGAAGGUUGACUGAAGCCGAAGUAAGAGAGAUUAUAAGCCUCAGUGCUUCGGCGAACAAACUGGUUAAUAUCCAGAAACGAGCAGAUGAAUAUGCAGCUCUGAUCAUGGAAGAACUAGAUCCCUAUAACCUUGGGUACAUCAUGAUGGAGAGCCUCGAGAUGCUGCUGCUGCAAGCGCCAGUGCAGGCGAUGAGAGGUGGAGAGAGUAAAAAUCUAAGCAAGGUGAUAAGUAUGAAGCUCAAGCCAACACCAUACAGGAACCCAGGCGAGCGUUUCUGGAGGAGAAUGAAGUACUUUGUGAUGGACAAUUGGAAGAGAGUAUGGGUGAUAGCUCUAUGGAUGGGCGUUAUGGCCGGUUUGUUCACGUGGAAGUAUAUACAGUACCAGAACAGAGCAGCUUAUGAUGUAAUGGGAGUUUGUGUUUGCAUUGCUAAAGGAGCGGCAGAGACGCUGAAACUGAACAUGGCUCUGAUUUUGCUACCAGUUUGCAGGAACACCAUCACCUGGCUCCGGAACAAAACCAUAUUGAACGCUGUUGUUCCAUUUGAUGACAAUCUCAAUUUUCACAAGGUGAUAGCAUUGGCAAUUUCACUCGGGGUCGGAAUGCAUGCUAUAUCUCACUUAGCGUGUGAUUUUCCAAGACUGAUAGCUGCAGAUGAAGAGACGUAUAAGCCAAUGGAGAAGUAUUUCGGGAAACAAGCAAAGAAGUAUUGGCAUUUUGUGGAGUCAGUGGAAGGAGUAACUGGAGUCACCAUGGUUGUCCUAAUGACUAUAGCCUUCACACUGGCUACCCCAUGGUUUAGACGGGGCAAGCUCAAGCUUCCAGGGCCACUCAAGAAGUUAACUGGAUUCAACGCCUUCUGGUACUCUCACCAUUUGUUUGUUAUUGUCUAUUCGCUGCUAAUCGUUCACGGGUACUAUCUGUACCUUACCAAGACGUGGUACAAGAAAACUACAUGGAUGUACAUGGCGAUACCGGUGGUUCUUUAUGUGUCUGAAAGGCUGAUCCGAGCAUUUAGGUCGAGUAUUAAGGCUGUUUCAAUACUAAAGGUUGCUGUAUAUCCUGGGAAUGUCCUGUCGCUUCAAAUGUCAAAACCCCACAACUUCGGAUACAGGAGUGGGCAAUACAUGUUCGUGAACUGUUCUGCCGUUUCUCCAUUUGAAUGGCAUCCAUUCUCGAUUACUUCGGCCCCAGAUGACGACUAUCUUAGUGUUCACAUCAGAGUUCUUGGCGACUGGACUCAGCAGCUAAGAUCAGUAUUCUCCGAGGCUUGUAAGCAGACUCUAGAUGAAGAACAUGGAUUGCGCAGAGACGACUACAGGCACGGGAAUAGCAUCCCAAACUUCCCAAGAAUCCUCAUAGAUGGCCCAUACGGAGCGCCAGCACAAGACUACAAGAAAUUCGAAGUUGUUCUACUCGUAGGUCUAGGAAUUGGAGCCACUCCGAUGAUCAGCAUCGUCAGGGACAUAGUCAACAACAUCAGAUCCAAAGGAGAUGAAGAUUCAGCCGGAAGAAUGACAAGAUCCAGAAACGUCAUCAUCCCUUCUUCACCUGCAAGGAAACGUGAGGGCUUCAGAACAAGGAGAGCCUAUUUCUACUGGGUGACGAGAGAGCAAGGAUCGUUCGAGUGGUUCAAGAAUGUGAUGGACGAAGCGGCGGAGCCAGACCUGAACAACGUCAUAGAGAUGCACAACUAUUGUACCAGCGUAUACGAAGAAGGAGACGCAAGGUCUGCGCUGAUCGCGAUGCUUCAGUCGCUGAACCAUGCCAAGAAUGGUGUUGAUGUCGUGUCGGGGACAAGGGUCAUGUCCCAUUUCGCUAAGCCUAAUUGGAGGAGCGUCUUCAAGAGGGUCGCCGUCAAACAUCCCAAAACUAGGGUCGGAGUAUUCUACUGUGGGGCACCGGCAUUGACGAAAGAGCUAAGGCACUUAGCUCUGGAUUUCUCCCACAAGACCUCCACCAAAUUCUCUUUCCACAAAGAGAACUUCUAAUUCCAUUUAUUUAUUUAU